AUGAAACAAACAGCAGCCAGAGUCUAUGCUCGUUUAUAUCGAAUCAAGACUAUCUUUUGUAAAACGGGUCAAAAAAUUUCUUCUGGGACUAGCAAAACAUCGAAUCAGCAUGACAAUUCAUCAAAAAUCUGUGACGAUAAUAAACAAUCGAAAUCGUCAUCGUUUAUUCAUACUAGUUUAGAUGAUACAAUAUCAUCCAUUAGUGGUGAUUCAAUCGAUUCUGGUAUAUCAACAUUAAGCAAUUCUUCAUACAGUCCUUUAUUACCGAAAUCAUGUCAUAUAAGGUGUGAUCCAUCGAUCAUAAAUUAUGUGUCACAUAAUUUAGUCAUAACUGACCGGUCGCAGAUAUUUCUCGAUGACACACUUUUCGAACAUAAACCAUUAGCGGAGAGCAGCCGUUGUGUUGCACACGACCAAGACCAAACUCUAGUUGUCAAUGACGAUUGUGACGAACAAACUGGACCAUUAACAUCGACAAUGAUCGAUCGGUGGUAUUCGAUAACUAAGUCAUAUAUAGCCACAUUUCGUCAGGAUUUGACGGUGAGAAAAUAUGAAUGCGUACAAGUGCUUCGUUCCACACAUCCACAUUGGAUUUGGGUUCGCAAUGAACGCAAUGAUGAAGGAUUUAUUCCUAGUGACUGCUUAUUGUUUUCUCCAUUGUAG